GGUAGCCGGAGGUUCGAGAGGUAGGGGAAGGUUCGGGAGGUAGGGGGACAGGCAGAGGUAGGGGGGACAGGCGGAGGAUGACGAAGAGCCGCUGUGAGCCCGUGAAGGAGCACUUCACGGAGGUGGGAGACAGCGGCAGAGCCAACAAGGGUAACAAACAACGGAUCUCCAAUUACUGUGACAAGCCUGUGGCCAAGACAGUGAGCAUGGCAAGGGACCAUUUCUUGAAGGGUUCGCGAUGCGAUGUCGAGCGCUUGCGAGGUGUUGUGCCGAGAGAAAAGUACUCGAGGAGGGUGAAGGGGAGAUUGGCUGCGAGGUCGGAGUUGGGAGUCAUUACGGGAGAGACUGCAGAAGGGAGAGUCGUCGAAGGACGACAACGAGCAGCGGACCGUGGAAGCCGGAGUCUGCGGCGGGGCUCCGUCAUGCGACUCCCCAGUCGCGCCUCGGCAUACUAUGGCAUUUUGAAGAGGGCAAUAGAGGAGAUAGGUGUGGAGGCAGUGGUGGGGGUCGUUAUGGACAAUGCUGCCGUUUGUGCAGCUGCGGGGCGAAUGGUGGAAGCAGAUUACCCGCACAUCUUCUCGGUCCCAUGCACAGUGCACUCGCUCGACCUCAUUUUCGAGUCUUUCGCGAAAAUCACGUGGGUGGGCAAAGUUAUUAAAAGGGCGUCAGAGGUAGCAAAGUUUUUCACGAACCUUUCGCGGGUGCGGGAUCUCCUCAUCCACUACUCCAAUGGCGGUGUCAUGGCAAAACCGGGUGCGACCCGAUUUGCCAUGAACUUCAUCAUGUUGUCGAGCCUGCAGGGGUUAUACUUGCCACUGCGAGCGUGUGUGACAGACGAUGACUGGAAGCCAUCGAUUGUGCACACUUCGCAACACGAACUGUUUGUGAGGGUGACACAUUCCAUCUUCAACAACACCUUCUGGGCAGAUAUCGAGAAGGUGAUGCAAACGUCCAAGCACCUCCUCAAGCUUCUGAAGUUGGUCGACGGCACGGGUCCCACCAUCAAUAAGGUCUAUGCCCGUAUGGACAGCGCAGUGGAGAAACUGAGGGAGAGCACACACUUCACAAAAGCGGAAAUGGAUGAGCUAGAGGUUAUCAUCAUGCGGCGCUGGAAUACAAUGACUUCACCACUGCAUUGUGCUGCGCUGUUUUUGGAUCCGGAGUAUAGAGCAUCGCGGCAGGAAACGCACGAGGUCACAGUUCAGCAUCGUCGGCUGCGCAGCGAUUUGUUCGAGCUUGAGAGGGAGCUCAACGAGUCGUGGAGGAAGGCCACGAAGGCUUCCAAGUUUUUGGCCCGACAACAUUUGCAUGACUUGGAUCAGGCUACCAGGACCAUGACCCUUGGGCAUGCCAACAAGUACAAAGCUGCGCGGGCUGCUGCAUGUGCACCACCCUCCAUACCAGCCAAACGAGGGAGAGGGAGACCUCGAAAGGACGCUGCGGAGACAGGUGAUGAGGAAGUUGAGGAUGUGGAAGGUGGGCAUUUGGAAAGGGGUCCUGCACCUGCACGGGAGACAAGAAAGUGGGGACGGCCGCGGAAGGCGGCCGUGGAAGAGGAGGCUGGAACUAGAAGGGGGACAUGGAAGCGGGAACGUUUGCAGAUGCAGCCCGUCGAAGAGGAGGAGGAAGCAGUGCUUGAAAAGACGAGCAGCGCUGGCAAACAUGGCAGCAACGACGGAAGCAGCAGCAGAGACGAAAGCGGGGCUGAGCAUGAUGAAAAUGACGGAAGUGGCCGCAGCGGAGGUGCGUGUGAUGGCAGCGGCAGCAGCGAUGAAAGUGAAGGUGGUCGUGGCAGCAGCGAUGGCAGCGAGAAACAUGGGAGGUCGUCGGAGGAAGAGGACGACUCCGAAUGCGAAGGCCGGAAGGAAGAUGGGAGUUCGUCGGAGGCAAAGGACGGCUCCGAAUUACAGCACAGUCAAACAUCGCGCUGAAGAGAGAGAGAGAGAGAGAGAGAGAGAGAGAGAGAGAGAGAGAGAGAGAGAGAGAGAGAGAGAGAGAGAGAGAGAGAGAGAGACCAUUUUCGGAUGUGUUUGUUGGACUUUUUUCUGUUGAAAAUUGACAUUUUUUGCUGGAAUUCGUUCAACAGCUGAACUCUUUCAAGUUUUGCAUUCAGAAAGUUCAAACUGCAUUUGCUGGUUGUGCCUGUUGAAUGUGUUUGUUGAGUGUGUUUGUUUAAUGAAAUGUAGACAGUCUG